UUUCAAUAGUACUUUUGUGCCUGUCCUUACUGUUUGCUGCUCGAUAUUCCUUUCGCAUUGCUCUUCUUCGUGACCAGGGCAGGUACUAGUAUCCGUCAACAUGAGUGACCCAAGGAUCCCCAAAUACUACCACAGAACGACGCCGCACUGGCAACAAGAGCAACGCAAUGCCUUCUGGGAACUAAACGAGAACAAGCACCCUCCUUUCAACACUCGGCCUGACAAACUCGAAGCCCGUGCCGAAGAAUCCCUCUCCGUCAACGGACGACUAUACGCCCAAUCGAAUGCAGGUCAGGGCUGGACCCAUCUCGCCAACAGACAAGCCUUUUACCGACAUCGACUGGUCCCUCAUCAACUCGUCGACGUCAACGAGCGAGACACGACAACGACUCUCUUCGGCCACAAGGUCUCCGCGCCAAUUGGCUUUGCUCCGAUUGGUAUCAACAAGAUUUACCAUCCCAAAGGCGAGCUUCCUGUGGCCAAAGUUGCUGGAGAGUUGAGAUUACCAUAUGGCCUGAGCACAGCCGGGUCCUGCACGAUCGAAGACGUUGCCGCCUCCAAUGAUGCGGGAAGAUGGUCCGAAGGAGCUGUGAAAGUCGAAGGCGCAGAUAACGACUCGCCCGUGCGCUUCUUCCAGCUCUACCUACCGCACGACGACGACCUGGCUAUCUCAUUGCUCAAGCGAGCGGUCAAGUCUGGCUUCACAGCCUGCAUCCUGACGACAGAUACAUGGCAACUAGGUUGGCGGCACGACGACAUCGCGACCUCGAACUACGCUUUCUACCGCGGGAUCGGAGCGGAUUUGGGCCUGGUUGAUCCCGUGUUCCAGAAACGCCUGGCCGAAGAAGGCAUCGAUCCCAAGAAAGACCCCGAAAAGGCCGGCGCAAUGUGGAUUGACAAUGUCUGGCAUGGCCGUGCAUUUUCUUGGGAGAAGAUGCCCUGGCUUAUCAAGACCUGGAAGGAGUUGAGUGGAGGGAAGCCGUUCUGCAUAAAGGGGUGGGUCACAUCAUUGCUUGCUUCCCUGGCGAAGCUCAACGAUUGACACUGUUUCUCGCAGGAUACAAUCCGUCCACGACGCCCAACGAUGCGUUGACCUAGGCUGUGAUGGCAUCGUGGUCUCGAAUCACGCUGGCCGCCAAGUGGAUGGGGCGAUUGCCAGUCUCGAUGCUCUGGAGAAUAUCAUUAAUGCUGGCAUUGGCGAGAAGAUCACAGUCAUGUUCGACUCCGGCGUUCGUGGGGCAUCGGACGUGAUCAAGGCGCUCUGUCUGGGCGCGAAAUUCGUUUGGGUCGGGAGAAUGUGGAUAUAUGGUCUUAGUAUCAUGGGCGAAGAAGGAGUCCGACAUGUCAUGAAGAGUCUGCUUGCCGAGUUCGAUAUUUCCAUGCUCGCGGGUGGGUUCAAAAAUAUCGGAGAAAUGCAGAAGGAUAGACUGGAGAGUUAUCCCAGAAGUUACACUCUCAUUGCUGAGAAAUCGAAGCUUUAGAUAGAUGCAGGGAUGUCAGGGAUGUCAGGGACAGUCGAGUCUGACUCAGUAUCAAGAAGCGACCCUCCAAGUUGGUUUGGUUCAAUUGAUCAAAUGGUUUUGCGGCAACGUGUAGAGAUGUACCGUGCGAGCU